AAUGCCCUGAGACAGUGGUAAGAGCCAACCUAGGUUACAACACCAUUUGCACACCACACCCCAGUCAAACCGUUGCCAAGUUAAUAAACUCAUCACCAUUUGCACAUACCAAACCCCAAGAGCCAAUAUUAUCUCCCCCUCCACCCUUUUAUAAACCCCCCAUUCGCUCCACUUCCCUACACCACCUUCAUCCUUCCGCUUUUCUUCUUCCCCAUUCUUAGUUGCUACCUUUCCCUGUUCUUCGGGUGCAUUCUCGUCCCUCGUGCUCCUUUUAGAUACCAACGAUAAUCUGCUUGGAAGGACGUCCUUUUUCUUUUGUAAUUUGUAAAACAAGAAAGAUUUGGUCUGUGCUAUUUAUGCACAUCAUUGGCAACUGCCAUCUGCUGUUCCACUCGUCCGAAGCCAUCUUCUUGCAUCAAGCGCCACCAUGUCAACGCCCCAGAGCGGCAGCGCGAGCCCAGCGACCACGGCGGCGGCGGCGGUGGAGACGAGCAAACACUGGGCGCCGCACGGGCCGAUGCUGACGGCCUGCCUCGUCAGCAUCAACGUGCUAAUGAUCCUCCUCAUCUUCUUCUACUUCUGGCGGUUCUUCUCCGGGAAGCGAGGGCCGUCUACCCCCGGAGGUGCUGAUGAGGAGUCGUCAUCGACCGACUCGUCUCCGGCGACCUCGCCGAGAGCGUCCAGGCGCCUGCGCGACCCCGACCAGCCGGACAUCCCGUCUUCCCUGCCCGUGUCCGUGUUCGACUCCAGCAGCGAGGCCGCCGGGAAGGCAGCGGCCGACUGCGCGGUGUGCAUCGUGGAGUUCCGCGACGGCGACCUGGCGCGCCUCCUCCCUCGCUGCGGGCACCGGUUCCACGCCGCCUGCGUGGACGCGUGGCUGCAUCUACACUCCACGUGCCCGCUCUGCCGCGCCAGCGUGGUCGCCCCUGCUCCGGCCGCCGCCGAGCCCAAGAACGACCCGAAAGACGACGGCGCAGAGUGCCCGGUGUGAGGCGGAUCUCUGCGCGCGCCGGCGAGCCCGCGAGCUACCAAAGCCAAGCCAGAGGAGCACGUAAACGGCGGAGGGCGACACGCGUCUUUCGGCGUCGGUGUGUCGCUAUCCCUUAGCUGACUCCUGCGGGUCGGCGAGUUUUGGCGAUCGGUGAGAUGCAUAUUUGGAUCGGAGUCUUCUUCUAUAUGUUGAUGAUGAUGUGCGUAUGAUUGGAAUUGUAAGAUUAGCAACAUAUAUAUUGCUAGAUUAGGCUCGCGUGUGAGUGUGUGCGUGACAGAAUUAGUAGUGUAAGAUCAUAUAGUACAUAUGUAAAUUAUUAAUGGAAAGCUUUGAUCGA